CGGGCCACUUCUCGCUCCGUAUCCUUGGAAUCAACAGUGUCCCUCUGCCACGCAUCCGAUCCAUGGCCGAAUUAGUUGUUGCCGCGGCCGCUGCCCCACCGCCCUUGACGUUUCGCGAGCGCCUGGCCCAGUUUAGGAUCCUCGAGGAAAAGAGGUGCGAGCUCAUCGAGGAACUGCUGGACAAGCUCGAAAAGACAGAAGCCCGCCUCACCCAGACGGAACUCGACCUCGGCUCAGAGCAAAAUGUCCGCCGGACGCUGCAGGCCGAGAUUGCAGAGACGACGCGGACGAUGCAGGCCCAGAUAGACGAAGGCAAGGCAAAGGAGGAGGCCCUGGUGCAGAACCAGUCCAAACGACCCUUUGUGCUGGUGCUUAUCGACGCUGAUGCCGAGGGGUUUCUGUUCCAGGACAAGUACAUAACUCGCAAGGCACAAGGCGGCGAGUCCCUGGCCGACGAACUCAACCUCCGCAUACGCGAAUACCUGCGCGAGCAGUUUGAAGAUGCAGACUCGCUCGACAUCAUUGUGCGUGUCUAUGCCAACCUCGAGGGCAUGGCAAACUACCUCGUCCGCCUCGAAAAGGUCCGGAACCUGGGUCAGCUGCGUGCCUUUUCCACGGGCUUUUGCGGACGGAUAACGAGCUUUGACUGGAUCGACACGGGCGUGGGCAAAGAAGGUGGAGCUGGAAGAAAAGUCAGAGAAAACCUGUCCUUCUUCGCACUCAACACGCAUCUCCGCCACAUCAUCGUAGCUUGCUCGCCCGCCGACCUUCCUGCUUCACUGUUGACGACGAUUCCACUGGAGAAACUGACGCUGAUCGAGUCGCUCCCCUUGCCCCCGUCACUCACGUCACUGCCCAUCAAGACAGCCAAGUUCCACUCGCUGUUCCCGCCACCACCGCCGCCCAAGCCCGCAAAGCCCGCCCGCGGCUCCAGCGAGAUCGACGUGCGAAGAGGCGACCGCGACCGCGAGAUGCGACGAGGCGACGAGCGAGGAGCCGGUCCCCAACUCCAGCUCAUGGAGCAAGAGCACGACGGCGGAGGCUCCACAUGGCUUGUCAUCCAGCCCGAGCGAAGCAAGAGCCAGGUCGUCGACCGCCGCAGUGAUCGCGACAGAGACAGGCGGAGGAGAGCUCCCAGCGAGGACGACAGCAGCAGUUUGAGCAUUAGCAUUGGGCCUGACAAUACGGUUAGCGUUGACAGUGGACGUAGGCGGAGGAUCAUGGGAUAGAUGAUGGAUGGGCGUCUUUAGCAUGGUAUAGCGGAAUCGUAGCAUUAGCGUCUCUUUUUUUUUAACUAUCAACAAUCAGUUACUACCCG